AUGGAGGGAGACCUGGGAGAGUCGGAUGAGGAUGUUCAGGGGGAGGACAGACCCGUAGUGCUGUGGGAAAAAUGCAUCGAGCAGAGCUUCUUUGUUGAUCUCAGUGAGGAUGAAAGUCUCCACUUAAGUGAUCUGGAGAGUUCUUUGGCCUUGCAUCUGUCCCAGGCAGAGUCUGCUGCCUCUGAAGCAAGCAUCCAUCUUAGUGGGGACGCGGAGCUGUCUGGCUUGGAUGACUCCUCCUCAGAGAGCAGUGUGGGCAGUCAGAGCAGGAGGGUUCUAGAGAGCAGUUCCAAGAGAAACCUCUUACAUGUGUCUUCCCAAAGAUCAAACACCAUGCAAGAUAAGCAGGGAAGUGAGGACACUGGACAAAAUACCAGUGAUGAGGAUCAGGAGGACUUGCCAUAUGAUGGCAACAUUGGAAGCCCUUACUUCAACAAGAAAGAUUCCUCUGAGGGAAACAUUAGCUCUGAUGGAGGACACACUGUUCAUACAAGUCCUGAUCUUUCUGGUCAGCUUGAAUUGGUGCAAGAAGAUAUGAGUACAAAGCAGGACAACAUUUUUGAUGCUUCCAAGCAAAGUGAGCUUGGUGGACCGCAUCCUGGUGCUGCAGACAUUAACCAGUUAUUGCUGCGGCACUUCUCCCAGGAGGAAUUGCUGCGGUUGGGUAGGCUGAUCGAGGCAGAGACCCUACCAGAGGUGUCCCUGUUGGAGAGUGCAGACGACAGUGUUUUUAGCCGGGCUCCAACACACAACAGCAAAGCAGUGAAUAAUAACCACACAGAGAGCUCAAAUGAAAAGAGUAAUGCUGCAUCAAAAAAAACAAGUUCAGAAGAGCAGAUAGAAAAGAAGACUCCUACUUUCACAUCUGGUGCUUAUGCAAACAGUAUGUCCAACUCUGAAAGUACAGAUUCUAAGCAGAGCAGGGGGGAUUUCAGUGCAGAUGAAGUAAAGCAGGACAAAGCAGAUGAGGAGGAAGAGCAGGUUCAGAGAGUUCCUCUGGUGCGUACAAGAUCCUUCAGCGAGAUGAGGUAUGGCCAAGGCCAAGUCCAUUACCCGCUCCCCGACUUCUCCAAGGUUGCCCCUAAAGUGAAAAUCCCCAAAACCCCAGCCAGAUCACUUCCUCAGUGCCCUAGCACUAUUCACAGAGCUCAGUCUUCCCCAGGCAUGUUAGAGGUGAUCAGCAGAGUCUUGGAGGACUCAGUCCUGCCAGCCGGGAAAGCUAAUGUCUUUAAAGAUGAAGAAAAGCACACUCCUCCUGCACUGGUGCACCAUCUGCAGGCUGAAUAUGAUAAAUUACUCACCAAAUACGCAGAGGCAGAGAACCUCAUUGAUCAGAUGAGACUAGGAACCAGUAAUCAGCCCUCCUCAGAACUCAUGCUUUAUUUAGAGGAUGAUGAUGAAGAUCAGGGGCAGUUAGCUGAGCUGAGCCAUCUUGGAUACAAAGCUCCUCAUCUUCCCUCAUCAGAAAGCUUAAAUGAAAAAGCUGAGUCAGCUCUCGUCAGCACCAUUAAGGAGGCGGCUGCAGCUUCCUCCAGUGAGCUUCAGGAUAAUCCCAGUGACGGGGAAAGGAUGACCACUGAGCUGAGAGACAUCAUCUGCCAGUUCAUGCAGAAGGUGGAUGAAUUUAGAUUUACUGUGAGCAACAUGGCUGUAAGCGCAGAAGAAAAGCAAAUGAUGUUGAGGAGCAUGAUGGAGGCUCAAGACCAGUUGGAAAGAAAAUACAUCAGUAAGAAGGAGGAGCACAGAGCUCUGGAGAUGCAAAACUACAUAGGCUUAUCCAGGAACACUGGCACUUUUGAUGCUAACAGACUAGUGGAAGGAGACAUAUUCAGGAUAGGCAUGCAUCUUGAGGACAUUAAGGAGAUCAUAGACAAAAACGUGUGUGAUCAGAUUUCUCCUCCUCACUCAACAUCCACUCCCACGUCCACGACUGUACCCACUCCUGUCUGCAUGUUCACACCUUCACCUCCACCUUCCCUGCAUGAGGGGCAAAGUUAUAAGAUGGACACAGAAGAAGAAGAAGCAGAGGGGGGCAGUGACCUUCAGAUAAAUGGUGGAUCAGACCAAAGUAGUGAGCUCGUAACUGCUGACCCUCUAGUGAAAAACUCUGGACAUGGCAGCUGCCAGUCACGGGACUCAACGGGCUCUUUGGUGGGACUUGAUGUCUGUGAAGCUGAGGAGGAGGAGAGGAGCUCUGGUUUGUCAGAGGUGGCAGAUCACAGUGACAUCUUAGCUUACCUGUGUGGAAACAAGAUCACCUCACACGAGCUGUGGACAGUCAGCAGCCACAGCAUCAAGGAUAGAGUCUCCAGACAAAAGGAUGAAUGUGAUCUGGGUGAUUGUGUUAGUCUGGCAGUGGAGGUCUCCUGUUCCUCUGAUGCACCAAGAGGCUCGGAGAGCCACAGCCUCUCAGAGCUGGAUCUCAACACCUCAUGUGCCUCACAGAAGAUGGUGAGUUCAGAGACAGACAGCGGAUUUGGGAGCUCUUACUUGAAUCAUUCGGGCUCGGGAUCAUUUCAAUCAAAUCUGCUUCCAGAAAGGUGUUUAAGUAGCUCAGACAGUGAAGACUCGUGCUCCCACCUGCAAACAGCCAUCCAUUCUGCCAUCACUGGCUACCAGUGGGCCAGUCCCCACCCAUCUGUCCUAACACAACACUGUGGAGCAACAGCUGCAGUGGAUCUGUGGGUGGACAGUACCACUAAGAAACCUUCAGCAAUGCUGCAAGGAUCUGACCAAAGCCUGUCUGCUCAGCUCGUAUCUCAACCUCUAGUUGGCACCUCCAUGGAUACUGAUGGCAGAGGCAGCCCUCUGCGCUCCUGCUCUUGUAAUAGUGAGGCUAUCCUGGCCUUGCAGUCGGAGGUGUCUAGGCUAAAGAAGGACCUGGAGGUGGGCUUAGUGCAAUUACCUCACUUAGCUCAGAAGAUGGACUAUCUCACCUCAAAAUACAGACAAGAGCGCCAGGAGCGCCGGUCCAGAACCAGGACUUACCAAAGUCCAGCCUGUAACAGUCAGGCAAGGCUGGAGGACUGGAUCUCAUCAGACAUGGACCCUAGCCAGAGCAAAGGCACAGACAGCAGUGAAACAAGCACUGAGAUAAUGUUGCAGUUACACAGUUCACCAGCAGGGAGCAGAAAAGGUGGCAGAGGCGUAUCCUCAGGACCUGAGUUUCAGUUUAAACGACAGCAGGCGAUCCAGCCCAAAGUUUCUCCUGCUGCGUGGACAGAGGGAGGCCACUCACUGGAAACCUCUGGGUUGAAAAGCUGCAGGUUAAAAGGAGAGAACGACAUGAUGUCUGACUUCAGACCACAGAUCGUCACAAAUAGUUUAUACUCCAAGGACAGAUGGUCUCUUCUCUCCAGCUCGUUUCUCCAGAAGCCGCUGCUGCAGGUCAGCUACGGCUCCUCCUGCAGUCUGCCGGCCAGCUAUAAAUUCAGGGAGCCGCCGCUGCAGUCCAUGUCCCAUCUGAGAAAACGUUCCACUCAGUCAGACACAGCACUCCUGCCCAGCGAUGUGUACUUUCAGCGGACACCGUCUCCAUCAUCGGUGCCCUUCAAGACUGGCAGCAGGACAAGCAGACGUAGCAGGAGCAAGGAAGAAGACGUGAACAGGACUCUGGACCGGGCGAUUGAGAUGGCUCGCAGCAUGAAGAGGACCACUGACCGCAUGGCCAGGAGGCUGUCUGCAGAUCUGGCUAAGGCUCAGCUACACAGGAAACUGCACCACAUGCAGUCACAAGGUGGAAGGAAACACCAGGACACUGGCUAUGGAUGAGUUCAUACUCUCAUCUU